AUGAUCAUCCCAUCAGCAAAGCUUGCCAUCGCCUCGGCGAGCCGGCUCGCAGCACUCCGAUCUGUCAGUGCACGCGGUGUCGCAACAUUCACUCGAUCCUAUCCAUCCUUCACUUCCUCUGCUUCUUCUGAGCCUCGAGCAGCAUUCUUCCAGCAAUCGUUCCACCCUUCCAUCGCAGCAUCGCUCGCUUCCACCGAGUCUUCGCGCGCUCAGCAGAGCAGGAGAACAUCCCUUAUCGUAGCAGCAGUAGCGCUGGCUGGAAUUGUCUCGGCCUACCAACUCUCCUCGCCGGUUCACUUGGACGCUGCACCACCCGCCGCCUCCAGCUUGACAUCCAUUACCUCCGCCAAUCCUUCCACCCAAGUCGUCGUCGACCCGGACACAAACCUCGCCUUCCCGCUCUACAUUCCCACCCCAGCUUCCUUCAGCUCGACGCAACCCGAGCCUCGUCUCCGUCUGGUCGGUCUGGGCGUUCGAACGGUCUCCUUUCUCCGCGUCCGCGUAUACGUCGCUGCGCUUUACAUCGACGAAACCCAUAUCUCGUCCUCCACCUCCUGUGGCGAGACGCUCGAAGCGCACAUGAAGCAGCUGCUCGACUCCGGAGCAAAAGCAGUCAUCCGCAUCGUUCCCGUUCGCAACACCGACUUCAACCAUCUCCGCGAUGGCUUCAUCCGUGCGCUCCAAGCACGACUCAAAAAGGCUCUCAAGCGAGGCGAGGUGGAUGCGGAGGCGGAGAGGAACUUCCAGGAGGAAAUUCAGUCGGUGAAGGAGGCGUUCCCGAGGGGAAGCGUUCCGAAGGGUAAGGCGUUGGAUUGUGUGGUUGUACCGAGGGGCAAGAGCAGCGGAUUGAGGUUUGAAUACGAUGGACAGGUGUUUGGCGAGGCAGAGGGUAGCGGCUUCAGUGUGGCGAGGGAGCUGGUGCUGGCUUACUUUGCAGAGCAGGGAGAGAUCAGUGCACCGUUCAAAAAGUCGGUCGAGGAAGCGUUGUUCGGGCAGAAAGGGAUGCCCGCAAGCGCCUGA